AUGGGCGAACGCGAAGAUGAGCGCGCACUGAAUCUCGCUUUCCAGACGUUGCUCGACGGCACGCGCGAGGCGACCGAGCAGCGCGUGGAGCUCACCGCGCUCCGGAAGCUGUGUUCCAGAGGUAUCCCCUCUCAACCCGCUUUCGUCCGCCCGCUAGCCUACUCGCUCGUUCUAGGUGUUCUACCACCCGAAAAGCGCGCAUGGAAGCGGACACGCCGCGCCCAGCGCGAGAAAUACUACGUGAGCUUGCAUAUGCCGGAGCUAAUCUUAGAAUCUCGUUCGCGCGGUCAUGCAGGAGCUGGAUGCUGCGCCAUCGGUAGGUCCCCGACUGCCUUCCUAUGA